UAGUAAUAUAUAAAAAAACACUCAUAGCUCCCAAAAAAAGAACUGUCUUUUAUUCUCAUCUCUUUCACAAACCCCCCAACCUCCAACAAGAAGACCUCUCUUUCAUAAAACCCUCACACGUGUGACUGAUUCAUCACCAUGAGCUCAUCCCCGGCCGUGAAAGGCCUAACCGAUGAAGAGCAGAAAACCCUCGAACCGGUUAUCAAAACGUACCACCAGUUCGAACCAGACCCAACCACGUGCACUUCUCUCAUAACCCAACGCAUCCACGCUCCGGCCUCCGUGGUUUGGCCUCUUAUCCGCCGCUUCGACAACCCCGAACGCUACAAACACUUUGUAAAAAGGUGCCGUCUCAUCUCCGGUGAUGGUGACGUCGGAAGCGUCAGAGAAGUGACCGUAAUCUCCGGCCUCCCAGCCUCAACCAGUACCGAGCGGCUUGAGUUCGUCGAUGACGACCACCGUGUUCUAAGCUUCAGGGUCGUCGGCGGAGAGCACCGACUCAAGAACUACAAAUCAGUGACGUCGGUCAAUGAGUUCUUGAAUCAAGAUUCCGGCAAGGUUUACACGGUGGUUCUUGAAUCUUACACCGUUGAUAUUCCCGAGGGAAACACAGAGGAAGACACUAAAAUGUUUGUGGACACUGUCGUCAAACUCAACCUUCAGAAACUCGGAGUUGCCGCCACAUCUGCACCUAUGCAUGAUGAUGAAUAAUUUCAAGUUUAUUUCUUAUAUUUUCUCUCGGUAAGUUUUUUCCUUUCUUCUGAUGAUUAUUGAUUAUUUACUUAAUUUGUGAGAUUUACUAUUGGAAGCAAAUGUUUAAUUCGAUUCCGUUAACGAAACUAUUGUUGCAUAACGCAUAUUAGUUCUCUGUUUAUUUUUUUCCAAUAAACGGCAAAUCACGAAUUCUGUCAUUUGAUUUUGCUUUUUCACCAUCUAUUUUUGAAUAAAUUUGGACUAUUUUUGAAUAAACUUUGGACUAUUUUUGAUGAUGUCAAAAAUUGGUAUUACACUCUUAAUUAAUAUUGGUUAUAGUUGGUCUAUAGUAUUUGCGCUACAAAGAGUCAAGAAAUCUUGCCGGUUAUCAAAAAGCAAAAAGGAACUUAGAAAUCACUUCUUGUCGCAAUGUUGAAUUAGAUUUUUAUUUACCUUACCAAAAUCAUUCUUCUUCUUCUUCUUAUUAGGUUAACGUUUUUUAGGGCACCUUUGAAAAAAGUUUAUACAUAUAUAUUCCGAUGGUUUGUGUCUCCACAAAACUUGUCCAAUACAUUUUUUUUCAUUAAUUAUA